AUGUCCCUGCUGCAGCUACAGGCCUUACAGCUACCGGCAUUUUGCGCCCCCCACGACGCCCUGCAGCACGGACAGCCGGUCCCCCCGCCGCCGACACCGCGCAGCCAGUACCUGUCAGCGGAGGAGAACUAUGAAAGUUGCCCGCCCUCGCCAUACACGGAGCGGAGCUACUCUCACCACCUCUACCCACCGCCACCGUCCCCCUGCACAGACUCCUCGUGAGGGCUGUCCCCCCCCUCUCCCCCCCGCUCCAUUGCCCCAUUGCCUGCCUCUGCCGCCAAAGUGUAAAUACGAAAUGUUCUGCUGGGGAGGGGGGAGGGAGCCCUUGGCGAGGCAGGACAGUGUACAGAUAAAUGUUAUUAAAUGGGGUGAAGGAAUACUGGAGAUAUUUGUACAGAAGAGAAAAAAAAAAGGAUAUUUAUAUAUUUUCUUAAACAGCAACUGCUGCUUGUGCCAUAAGAAGAGAAAUUUUUGUAUA